AUGCUGCGCUGCGUGGUGACGGGGUGCCCCAGCAAGGCCAACCGGGCCACCUCUCGCCGGGGCGUCAGGUUUGCACGCCUUCCCCCAAGACCUGGCCCAGAUUGAGGCGUGGCUGCGGCUCACCAGGCAGAACUUCGGAGACCUCGACCGGCUGGCCCAGAAGAUCUACUCGGACAGGGACGCGGCGGACGGUGUGCGUAUGUGCUCUGCCCACUUCACCGAAGACUCUUACGUCACCGACUACCCUACAAAGCUGCUGAGGGUGGACGCCGUGCCCACCGUCUUUCCCAAACGAAGAGCUAAACCUCCAUCCCAGGCCGCGAGCGAUGAACUGGAGUUGGCGGAAAGCGAUUGGCCGCUUCCAAACGAGAUGCCCGAGUUGAACGCCACGCAGGAGCCUCUGGUCAUAAAGAAUGGGGUGCCAGAGUCUGCUACCGAGAAGAGAAACCACACCAAUGAGAGGAUAUUAGCUUUGGCCCUGGAGAUCAUCAGCCUGCUGACUGGAGAGAGUUAUGGACGCAUAAAAAAGCCUGGUCGUCCUCCACCUCACUCCCUGACCCCCGAGGCAAACAUCAAGAAGAAGAUCCUGCAAGUCACCCAGAAGAUGAUGGAUCUGCUGACAGGAGAGGUUCCUAUAAGGUGUCAGGAUGUCACUGUCUAUUUCUCCAUGGAGGAAUGGGAGUAUCUAGAAGGACACAAGGAUCUCUACAAGGACGUCAUGAUGGAGGAUCAGCCGCCCCUCACAUCACCGGAUGGAUCCAGUAAUGGGAACCCACCAGAGAGAUGUCCUCUGUAUUCCUGGGAUUCCAUACAGGAAGGUCACACCACCCCUCACCAUCAUCAGGUAGGUGGAUCCAGUAAUGGGAACCCACCAGAGAGAUGUCCCUGUCCUCUGUAUUCCCGGGAUUCCCUACAGGAAUAUCAGGAGAUCCCUCAGGAGGAUCAGGAAGAAGGACGUGCGAGGAUUAAAGAGGAGAUUAAAGAGGAGGAAGUAGAUGGAUCCAGUAAUUGGAACCCACCAGAGAGAUGUCCCCGUCCUCUGUAUUCCCGGGACUCCACACAGGAAGAUCUCACCAUCCCUCACCACCAUCAGGUAGAUGGA